ACAUUUCCUGUAUCUCCAUCCCACCAUUCAGCAUCCUGGACAACGUGGUCACGGUGGUCCCGAUGCGACAACAGAUGCGGUGUUGGGAAUCAAACCCGAUCUCGACGAUGUCAGUUGACAAAUCAAACAGUAACCAUGGAAAUCCAUCAUAGUAACCACUCCUGCUUUGGCGAUGCCGGUGAGAGAAGAACGUGUAGCGAGUAUGACUUUGACGAAUGCACACUUCACCACCUUUUCGUGCCAGGUUCGUGGAGCGAAUGGAGCAGUUGGUCGGAGUGUUCAGAUAACUGUACUGGACAUCGAAAUCGACAUCGAUUGUGCCAUCCCUUGAAAGAGCAUCCGUCAAUAACUACGAGGAUGAAACGAGACCGUGGUCUCCUCUGUGAGGGUAAUUCGACACAGAAUUCGUCAUGUGUAUCAAGCGGCUGUGAAGGGAUUCUCAAUACAUCAAUAAUCACAGCACAUGACGAACACCACCACCAUCAUCAUCAUCAUGAAGAGGGACAGGGCACGAGUUCAGCUGUCAUUCUAUUACUAUCUAUGAUUGGAUUUAUCCUGGUCGUCGUCGCAAUCAUAUGGUACUUCGUAACGUCACAUCAAAGACGACGAAAGAAGCCCUAUCGGACGAAUCGAGGCAACAGCACCCAGAGCGUCUUCCAAACCAAACGAUCUUCGAGCGGAGAAAGUCGCCAGUCUUCGUCAACAAGAUCGUUUCUUAGCUGGCGAAGCAAGAGCCAGGAGUCCGCCAGGUUUUCCGAUCAGCAGUCAGAGGAGUCUGCAAGGCUCCUAGACGAUGAGCAGAUGCCUCCAGAGACAUCUCCCUUCCGUCCGUACCGGCAACCAUCGCGAUCGACCAAGGAUGAUAUCUCUGCGGAAUGGCUCUGGCCUUGGGAGACGGAAGGUGAUGAUUGGGCUGCAUUGGACUUUGAGGCAGACACUGCUUCUACUAUGCACUUUGAUGUUUACAUGGAGGUGGAUGAAUCGGAAGAACCGCGGAUUGCUUCACCCGAACGUGCUCCCUCAGCAGUUGGUGAAUCGACCGAAGAUCUACAAGAGUCUACAGAGAACAAGAUGGUUGAAUUGGAGAAAUCAGCCGAGGCCUGGUUUGAUUGAAUUGAUAAUCCAUUUCCAAAAACAUCUAGGAUACAAUAGAGCAUGGCAAUAGAGUCGCAAUGCAUUAUAUUCCUAUCUGAACCAUACUCUAGCUGUAGACUGCUAUGACGAUCAGUCAAAUUUUCUUGCUUCAUUGAAUAGGCUGGAUAGAGUAGAUGAUAGGAUGUCUUCGAGCUUUGUUUCCUUAUCAGAGUUGACAAUGUAUUGAUCACACCUGCUCUG